ACUGCAAUCAUCUAAGUUUAUCUGAAAUACAGAGUUCAUUGUAAAUUACAAAUAUAACGUGCACAAUUUAUCAUUUAAACUUGAAGUAUCUUUUGGCGCGGUUGUGCGGCGCCUGCGCAGUUCAAUUCGACUGGUUCCGUCGUAUAUAUCUAAACAAAUAUAAUGGGAGGCAACUAUUCCGCAAUGGAUCCAAUGGACGUGCCAGUCCCAGACUUGCCGAAAUUAUUCGAAAGAGAUGGUUAUUUGAAACCUUACGAACGUGAAAUAAGGCGCAGAUAUGCCUGUUACAAAGACCUAUGGAACCGCAUGGAGUCAUGGCAGGGUGGAGUGGAAGAAUUUACCCAGGGCUACAAAUAUUACGGCCCACAGUACAAUAAAGACGGAUCGGUGACUUGGCGGGAAUGGGCUCCCGGUGCAUACUACUUACAUCUGCAAGGAGACUUUAAUGGUUGGAACUCCAGAAGUCAUCCAUUCAAGAAACUCGAAUAUGGGAAAUGGGAGCUCCACAUCCCCGCCAACCCAGACGGCUCCUGCCCCCUGAAACACGGCUCCCGCGUCCAAAUCAUAGUUAAUGAGAACCUGUACAGAGUUUCUCCAUGGGCCAGCUACGUCAAACCCUUCGAGGGCUUCACCUAUCAACAGUUCAUUUACAAGCCAGACAAUCCGUACAAAUUCAAACAUCCAAAAGUAGACAAGCCAAAAUCCCUGAGGAUAUACGAAUGUCACGUCGGCAUCGCUACUCCUGAGGGUAAAGUCGGCACUUACAACGAGUUCAGAGAUAAUGUACUACCCAGGAUUAAGAAUCAAGGUUACAACGCAAUCCAGCUUAUGGCCAUCAUGGAACACGCUUACUACGCUUCAUUCGGUUACCAAGUUACCAGUUUCUUUGCCGCAAGUAGUCGUUACGGCACGCCCUGCGAGCUGAAGCAACUGAUCGACAGGGCACAUGAGAUGGGUCUCUACGUUCUGUUGGAUGUGGUCCAUUCCCACGCCUCAAAGAAUACGCUGGAUGGCUUGAACGAGUUCGACGGUACCAACUCUUGUUACUUCCACGACGGACCCCGCGGCACACAUUCGCUUUGGGACAGUCGGCUCUUCAACUAUUCCGAGACCGAAGUUUUGAGAUUCCUGCUUUCUAACUUGAGGUGGUACCAAGAAGAAUAUCAAUUUGAUGGAUUUAGAUUCGAUGGAGUCACAUCAAUGUUGUAUCACAGUCGUGGCAUAGGUGAAGGGUUCUCUGGUCACUACGACGAAUAUUAUGGGCUUAAUGUGGACACAGAGGCGCUGAUCUAUCUCAUGCUCGCUAAUGAAAUCACACAUAAAAUCGACAACAGAGCUAUCACUAUUGCCGAGGAUGUAUCUGGCAUGCCAGCAACCUGUAGACCAGUAGAUGAAGGCGGCAGCGGGUUCGAUUAUCGCCUCGCCAUGGCCAUCCCCGACAUGUGGAUCAAGCUGCUGAAGGAGGAACGCGAUGAGGACUGGAAGAUGGGUCACAUCGUGCACACAUUGACCAACAGGCGUUGGAUGGAGGGCACUGUGGCGUAUGCUGAGAGUCAUGAUCAGGCGCUAGUGGGCGACAAGACCAUAGCGUUCUGGCUGAUGGACGCGGCGAUGUACACGCACAUGAGCACGCUGAGCGAGCCCAGCGCCGUCAUCGAGCGCGGGCUCGCGCUGCACUGCAUGCUCAGGCUCGUCACGCACGCGCUCGGCGGCGAGGCCUAUCUCAACUUUAUAGGUAAUGAGUUCGGUCACCCCGAAUGGCUGGACUUCCCUCGCGCAGGCAACAACUCCUCCUACCACUACGCGAGGAGACAGUGGAACCUGGUGGACGACGAGAUUCUCAAAUACAAGUUCUUGAACGAGUUCGACAGGGACAUGAACUUGCUGGAGGACAAAUACGGCUGGUUAGCGUCUAAUCCUGCGUACGUGUCGUGUAAACACGAAGGGGAUAAGGUGAUAGCGUUCGAGCGUGCCGGCCUGCUGUUCGUGUUCAACUUCCAUCCGUACCAGAGCUUCACCGAUUACAGGGUCGGCGUCAACGAGCCUGGCAACUACAAGGUUGUAUUAUGUUCCGACAGUAAGAAAUACGGCGGUUUUGGUCGCGUGGAGACAGACGGCGAGUCACAUUUGACGCAAGAACAACCAUGGGCAAACAGAAACGAUUCUAUACAGGUGUAUACCCCAUGCCGCACUGCUAUUGUUUUCGCCCGCCAAUAAUCUAAUUUAUAGAAUAGAUUUAUAUGUUUAUUAUUUAGAAGAAUUGUUUAUAUUGUUUAUACAUAGAAUUCAUUUGGAACAUUUACUGGUUAAAAGAUUUGUGCAUUCAAAUGCAUGAGACUGUUUCUUAUGUCUGUAAUGAAAUAUAUUUUCAAAAUUAGUUUUUGGGAUAUAAAAGAAACUUGAAACAGUUGUACAAAAUUGUAUAUUUUUUGAUAUUUUGUUACAGUUAAUAAAUGAUAUGUUAGUUA